UAACACUGUAGCAAUCCUAAUCAUUCGCUCGAGCUCAAGAACAGCGGGCGAGCGAGCGCGGCGCCACCGAUCGAUCGCUCUCGUCGUCGCCGAAUUUCGACACGGCCGCGUUUCGCGCCAUGAGCCUCUUCGGGCUGGGCAGGAAUCAGCGUACCUUCCGGCCUAAAAAGAGCGCUCCCUCUGGAAGCAAGGGUGCCCAGCUUCGCAAGCACAUUGAUGCCACUUUAGGGAGUGGUAACCUGAGAGAAGCAGUCCGGUUACCUCCCGGAGAAGACUUAAACGAAUGGUUGGCCAUCAACACGGUGGACUUUUUCAAUCAGGUGAAUCUUCUCUACGGGACGUUGACGGAGUUUUGCACGCCAGAGAAUUGUCCAACCAUGUCUGCUGGACCGAAAUACGAGUAUCGAUGGGCCGAUGGUAUUCAAAUAAAAAAGCCCAUUGAAGUCUCGGCUCCGAAGUACGUCGAGUAUCUUAUGGAUUGGAUCGAAGGCCAGCUCGACGACGAAGCGAUCUUUCCCCAGAAACUUGGCGCACCGUUUCCUCCCAACUUCAAGGAGGUUGUAAAGACCAUUUUCAAAAGAUUAUUCCGGGUAUACGCCCACAUAUACCACUCGCAUUUCCAGAAGAUUGUGAGCCUCAAAGAAGAGGCUCACCUAAAUACUUGCUUCAAACACUUCAUCUUGUUCACAUUCGAAUUCAACCUCGUCGAAAAGAAGGAGCUCGCACCACUGCAAGAGCUCAUCGAUUCUAUACUGAUACCGUACUAAGCACUGAGCUUCUGGCGUACAAGGUUAAAAAUUUUGUGUUUUUGAUGACUUUGGGGCUUGUGUAUAUAUAUAAGCUAUUCUACCUCUUCUCAAGGUGAGGAAGAGAUGAAAAUAACGAAGCUGGAUUCUUUUC